GGAGUGAAGAAACAGAGGAGGGAGGAGGAGAGAAAAGAAGGAGGGAGGGAGGAAGAGAGAGAGAGAGAGAAAGAGAGAAGGAGGUGUGCGUCGCCAGCAGAGGAAAAGCCGGACUUGGAAGCAGAGCAACUUGCCCAGGAAAGGAUUUCCCCCACUUUCCUCCCUUGCUGCAACCCUUUUCCUCUCCACCAAUGGCGACGCCACGGAAAGGCAUGCGCAGGACCCGGCAGUUGCGCCAGUGGACGGUGGAGCAAGUGGAGAGCGGGAAAUUCCCCGGUCUCGUUUGGGACGAUCCGCCGGCCAAGACCAUGUUCCGCAUCCCAUGGAAACAUGCCGGGAAACAUGAGUUCCGACAUGAUGAAGACGCCGGGUUUUUCAAGGCUUGGGCCGUCUUUAAAGGCAAGUGCAACUCCAACGACCCUGCAACUUGGAAGACCCGCGUCCGGUGCGCUUUGAGCAAGAGUUCGGAGUUCGAGGAGAUGCCGGAGCGUUCGAGGUUGGACAUCGCCGAGCCUUACAAGGUCUAUCGUUUGGUGCCGGUGUCUGAGCAGCUGGCAGGGUGUAAAACUGAGACAUCGAAGAAGACAAAGGCCGGACGAUCCAUAAAACCCAGUGAUCCCAUAGAGAACAUUAUUCAGCCUGUCGGGUCCCUUUCAAUGAUCAAAAUGGAGGAGAGCUCCGGCCCGGAAGCUAUGGCAAGCCACACGCCAAAUGCCAUGGGCUCUUCUGCUUACCUGAAAGUGGAGAACAGCCCUGAACCGGGUGAACCAGCAGAGGUGGAGAAGAACACUUUCUGCUUGAACCUGGUUCCUGCCUUGCCAGCGGGCAUUAAUGUUGUCGGAACAGGAGAAGAUUCUGUCUUGCUGUCCGUCUUCUACAGCGGCGUUCGGACGCAAUUGCUGUGGAUCCCAGCAAACGAAUUUCUCCUCACCUCCACCGCCCUUCCACCGGGAGUGCCAGCCAUCAUCAUGAGCCGGGUGGUCCUGCCGCCCCCCAUCAAGACAGAAGACCCUCAAAAGCAGGAAGCCAUUCUGCGCUUGUUGAGGAACCUGGAGAAGGGAGCGAUGGUGGCCUGCAACUCCAAAGGGAUCUUCAUCCAGUGCCGAGACCAAGCCGACGUCUUCUGGCGCGGCCCCAACGGGCAUGGCAACCUAAAGGACGGCGCUUACGUCCAGCUGUUCAGCACCGAAUCUUUCCAAGCAGCGCUGGACCAGUUCCAACAGGGCUUGGGUCCGAUGCCCCAGUGCCGGAUUACUCUCUGCGUCGGGCAGGAAUUGGGCGAGAGGGAGAGCAUUGACAGCAAACUUAUCAUCAUCCAGAUGGAACAAAUCAAUGCUAUUCGGUUGCUGUCUUCUCCUGCCGCGGUGGAAGAGUCGUCCUGCUUUGACCUUCUCGUGUCUGCAAACAUCUGAAAUGUUGACGUUUACGAUCCCUGCUUCCUCUUGAGAAGUUCAUGUGACAGUGAUCCUAAUCCUGUCUGAUUACGGCGGGACUUCCUGCCGUGUCCCUUUUCCCAGGUGGACCAGCACUACCUGCAAACUAUAUUUCCCUGCAUAAUGGAAAUGAAUGAAACACUAGAGAGUGGCCAAGGAACCGCAUUGGAGGACUCGCUUGCGGAUUGGGUUUCAUUCCUGCAAUCCUGAGAUGAGAGUGGCAACUUGGGGUGCAGCUACACUAUAGAGUUAAUGCAGUUUUGGAACCACUUGAACCGCUAUGGCUCAUUGCUAUGGAACCCUGGGAGUUGUAGUUUGGAUUCUUUCCUGCAAUCUUGAGAUUGCGGUGGCAACUUGGGGUGCAGCUACACUAUAGAGUUAAUGCAGUUUGGGGUGCAGCUACACUGCAGAGUUAAUCCAGUUUUGGAACCACUUGAAUGGCCAUGGCUCAUUGCUAUGGAAUCUUGGGAGUUGUAGUUUGGAUUCUUUCCUGCAAUCCUAAGAUGACAGUGGCAACUUGGGGUGCAGCUACAUUGUAGAAUUAAUCCAGUUUUGGAACCACUUGAAUGGCCAGGGCUCAUUGAUAUGGAACCCUGGGAGUUGUAGUUUGGAUUCUUUCCUGCAAUCUUGAGAUGACAGUGGCAUCUUGGGGUGCAGCUACACUGCAGAAUUAAUCCAGUUUUGGAACCACUUGAACUGCCAUGGCUCAAUGUUGUGGAAUCCUAGGAGUUGUAGUUUGGGAAGUUACCUGCACUCUUUUGUUAGAGAAGGCCAAAGACUAUGUGAAACUACAGCUCCCUUGAUCCCAUGGCAUUGAGCCAUGGUCCCAAUCUGCAUUAAUUCUAUAAUGUAGACCCACCCUUGCUUGAGAACCUCCUUUUUGUUUUCCUUUGGUCGUUUCCUCCUCUUACUAUAGUACAAAAACUUAUUUUUGUAAUAAAUUGCAUAUAUAAAAAUAUUAGCUACAUAUUACAAGCUUUUCCAUCUCUGCUGUUUGGCUUACUUGGCCACUCUCAAACCUUCUUGCACUUUCGGUUGCUGUGAGUUUUCCAGGCUGUAUGGCCAUGUUUCAGAAGCAUUCUCUCCUGACGUUUCGCCCACAUCUAUGGCAGGCAUCCUCAAAGAUUGUGAGGUCUGUUGGAAAGUAGGCAAGUGAAAUCUGUGUGUGUGUGUGUGUGUGGAAUAAUGUGUGUGAAGAAAGAACUCUUCUUUGUUGGAGGCAAGUGUGGAUGCUGCAAUUGACUACCUUGAUUAGCAUUGAAUGGCCUUGCAGCUUCAAAGCCUGGCUGCUUCCUGCCUGGGGGGGAACCCUUUGUUAGGAUGUGUUAGCUGGCCCUAAUUGUCAUGGGAGAAAGAACCCUUCUCUGUUGGAGGGAAGUGUGGAUGCUGCAAUUGGCCACCUUGAUUAGCAUUGAAUGGCUUUGCAGCUUCAAAGCCUAGCUACUUCCUGCCUGGGGAAAUCCUUUGUUAGGGGGUGUCAGCUGGCCCUGAUUGUCAUGGGAGAAAGAACUCUUUUCUCUGUUGGAAGGAAGUGUGGAUGCUGCAAUUGGCCACCUUGAUUAGAAUUGAAUGGCCUUGCAGCUUCAAAGCCUGGCUGCUUCCUGCCUGGGGAAAAUCCUUCGUUAGGGGGUGUUAGCUGGCCCUGAUUGCCAUGGGAGAAAGAACUCUUCUCUCUUGGAGGGAAGUGUGGAUGCUGCAAUUGGCCACCUUGAUUAGUAAUGAAUGGCCUUGCAGCUUCAAAGCCUGGCUGCUUCCUGCCUGAGGGAAAUCCUUCGUUAGGAGGUGUUAGCUGGCCCUGAUUGUCAUGGGAGAAAGAACUCUUCUCUUUUGGAGGGAAAUUUGCAUGCUGCAAUUGGCUGCAUUGAUUUGCACUGAAUGGCCUUGCAGCUUCAAAGCCUGGCUGCCUCCUGACUGGGGGAAUCCUUUGUUAGGAGUUGUUAGCUGGCCCUCAUUGUUUCCAGUCUGUAUUUCUCCUGUUUUCUGAGUGUUGUUCUUUGUUUACUGUCCUGAUUUUAGAGGGUUUUUU